AUGCGGCGCAGCUGCUGCUUGUAUAUGAAUAAAAUUAUAACCCUUUCAAAAUGUUUCAAAAUGUUUUUAAAAGAUUAUGGACAUCCCUAUAAAGAUGCCGAGUGUGAACCCCGCAUCAGCAAUCGCUUAUAUAAAAAUGACAUCACGACCACUUCUCGUUCGUCCUUCGAAAGAUCGUCGUUUACCAUCUCCUCGCUGGUGGGGCGCAGCUUGUCUCCAUGGGCUUCCCAGGGUGAGGCCGAUAGCCAAGAAGGGAUUAAGAAGACUAAAGAAGAAGAGGAAGAGGAAGACGAGGAAGAGCAUAUUGAAGUAGUGGACAGUGUAGAGGAGGCGCCAUUGAGUGAUCCUCGGGAUAUAUCGACGACAUCUUCUGGAAAGGAACUUGAUGUGGAGGUAGAAAAAUCACCUCCUUCACAUCCGCAACACUCCUCUCCAAUUCCCACCGAAGAGGAGACGCGUCCUACAGGGUCGUGCAGUCCUUACAAACCUUCUAUUACUAGCAAGGCUUCGACAUCCCUGCCGGAAUUCAGCAUGGCGCUUAACCUUUCCUCUAAGCCCGAUGACUUGACCUCUUCGUCAUCUAUCCUUCGUGAACCCAUUGUAGCCUCUAAGGUCAGCGAGGCAGGGAGUUUAAGUAUGUCCUCCCUAUCUCCUCGCGAGGCUCCCCAGUCGUUCCCCAUUACACGUUCCUUCCUCCCCACACUUCCCCUUCCCUCUAGAGAAUCUCUCCUAGAUCUCCCUCGACCUCCAAGCCUGCCACUUGGGCUCUAUCCUCCUCCUCCCCUUGUACUUUUCAAGAAGGACUGUGGUGAAGCUUCCUCCUCGUCUUCGUCGUCCUCCAAUCUCGACGCAAAUCGUAACAGCGUGGCUGUGUCUUAUUCUUCAUCACUUCCUUCCUCACUUAGUUACUCCUUUCCUUGGAGCAUGAGCGCUUCUGAGGGUCUGUUCCCCUGGUCUUUUCCAGGGCACGGUUCCCUACCCCUUGAUGGAUCCUUGGUGAAACCCUUGCCACUUGGAGAUGUGUAUUCGUGCAUCAAAUGUGAAAAGAUGUUCAGUACGCCACAUGGUCUCGAGGUCCACUCACGACGCUCUCACAAUGGGAAGAGGCCAUUUGCUUGUGAAUACUGUAACAAGACCUUCGGUCACGAAAUCAGCCUCACGCAGCACAGAGCCGUGCACAACGCAGAGAAAGUGUUUGAGUGUAAGCAGUGUGGCAAGUGCUUCAAGCGGUCGUCCACUUUAUCUACGCACCUUCUGAUUCACUCUGACACGCGACCAUACCCCUGCCAAUACUGCGGGAAGCGAUUCCACCAGAAGUCCGACAUGAAGAAGCACACCUACAUUCACACAGCAAGAGUUAAAUGUUGCCACAAUCGUCGUCCUGUCUCUGUAGACUUGGGUAACCCUGCAAGCAUUUGUUCACUUGACAAUUUCAGCUACUUCCAAAUUGUUCUCGGAAGCGGGAUAAAGGAGGCUCUCCGAGAGCCUGCCUCAAAACUGCGAGCGCAUAGGAGCGAGUCUAAGUCACGCUACAGAUAA